AUUUUCCUGGGAAACAUGACAUUCUUCCUCCCAUUACAGUUAAGAGGGGCACGUGACAACACUGCCAAACAAGAUAAAAGCAGCUGCAAAGAUCCUAUUGAUCACAGCUUCAGAGACGGUGUAAUGACAAGUGAAGACCGAUUCAUCUACUGUCCCUACCCACACGAUCAGCUACAAGAGAUGGAAGCAAAACUGGCAGCUUUGGAAAAGAAACUGAAGGCCAGCGAGGAAAAAAUCGAGGAACUCAAGAUGAAAUGGAAAUCCAGGGUGGCAUUCACUGUAGCAGCAGACCAGGGUGGAAACUAUGGACCCUUCGAUGCUGACACGACGCUGAGGUACAGCAAAAAGAUCACAAACAAUGGUGAUGCCUUCAACAUGUCUACAGGUGUGUUUACAGCACCGGUUGAUGGUGUUUAUUAUUUCAUCUUCUUCUUCCGCUCUGAAGGAAAACAUGCAUCAGGGCUGAUACUGUGCAAGAACGACACCCCCAUUAUAAAGUCAGAUGACACCCAGGCCAGCUAUGACCCAGCUGAUACUGGAGGUAAUGCAGUGGUCCUGAAGCUGGAGAAAGGGGAUGAGGUGCAUAUGCGUCUGCCUAAAGGCAACCAUGUUUGGGCUGCAGAGCGCCACACCACCUUCAGUGGUUUUCUGAUCCAUUAAAUGUGAGAACUGAUGACUCCAGAAUAAUGAUUAUAAAAAUCUGAGAUCAAUGAUGCAUCUACAUUGAAAUAAAAAUACAAGGUUGAAGCAGGUGGCUGUCA